AUGGCUGCUGAAGCUCUUGGUAUUGGCGCCUCGGUGGUUACGUUCGUAGGCGUCGCCGGCCACAUUGUCCAAGGCUGUCAAUAUGUGCCUUCUAUUCUCAACGACAUUGACGAUGCCCCAGACGAUAUCCUCGAUAUGAACGCUAGUAUAACGCUAUUUGAAUCGAUCCUGCUCCAAUUACAAGCGGUCCUUCAACAGCUAGAUAGUUCAGGUGUUCCCGUCGACCAUCUCUCGACAGUGGAAGUCGCUUUGAAGUACGGUGAUGAUGCUGUAGCAGCUUUGCAGAAAGCCGCGGCCAGAAUUAAGAACCCGAAUACAAGAUGGUGUCGCAUACGUGUUGCAUUUAAGAAUGGAAAAUACGCAAAAUAUUGGGACAGACUUGAAAAAGCUAAAGGUUUUAUCUCGGUUGCCCAAGGUGGACGCUUGUUGUAA